GUCUGUCGUCUGAGGAGAGCAUGUGUGAAUGGAUUGGAUGAGGCGUGCAGAGACUUACAAAAAAGGAGACUGGCUUGGAUUGGAUUGAAGGACACUCUUUCUCACCCACCCACACACACACGCACACGGACAUGCAUCAUACCUUCAUCCACGAGUGAGUCGAUCUACUUUGCCGUCGACACUCUACACCCACCCAGUGCCAUUGACAUCAGGCGCUCCCGCUGCCAUCGUCUCCACUGACUUUGGCCCGCUUGGCCCCGCCCUCGCCAUCGGUGAGCAGCCCCCUCUUGCCCCGCACCUCCCCCUGGCCAAUGUUGGCACUCGUCGACGCAUCCUCACCACCAGCAGCACCACCACCGCCACCACCACCACCGCCGUCAGCACACAUACACGACUGCAUGGCUGCACACACGGCAACACAAUACAUACAAAGGAUGGGAAGUGGGUAAGAGGAGACUGGGGUUGUCUGUUGAUGUACCGUGUUGCUUGGUCCACUGUGAAGCGGUGGCGUCGAACUGCUGAGGGGAACGCUCCAAUAGUGCAGCCUGCAUUGCGAGAGGGGGGCGGGCCAAAACACAAGAAGACCGAUGCAGCCAGCCCCUGCAGAUCACCGUACCGCUUCCUGGAAUGACAAAGGGCAAGGAAGGAAACAUGGAUUCACAUGCAGCUGUAUAUGUCAUCACAUGUGUGUCUCACUUGGUUGAGAGGGUCCUUGGCGUUCGGCUCGGACAGCAGGCAACUGAACCAAGGCAAAUGUCGCACCAAAGAAGAAGGUCCCACAACAACACCCCUUGGGCCUCUGUUUUCUUGUGCAGGUACCGGAUGGUCAUCAUGAGCGAACGGAUGUUGGCUAGCGGCGUCCAACUGCCCUGCGCACCACACACACACACACACAUGGAUUGCUCUUCCUUCCUGGCCUUGUGCAGAUCGGUGGAUACGUGUGGUUUGGCUUUGAGGAGAUCCACGCAUAUACGACCACCCUGCUCUAUGUUGGGGUGGAAUACCGGCGUCUGUGUUUGCCAAGGAGCAGAGGGAUGCAGAGAAGUCGACGCUCUACCGGGAAUGUACCUCAAACUUGACGUCAGGCGGCACGAGUGGGUAGCGGUCGGGCACACUGAUGCUCAGACGAAACACCCCGCCGGCAUACGCAGUGCCCUCGGGACCACACAUCUCUGAAUUUCAAUGCACAGAAGAGAACAACGAACGAACACGCACGUACGAACGCACAUUCGUCCAUGGACAUUGAGAAAAGAUCCUCCCUCGCCCACCAGCGGAGAGUGUCUGGAUGGAGUCAGUGGUGGAGAUGCACACCCCCUCAGGCGGCUCGUUCACCAGCAUCUUCAGUUCAGCCUUCAUGCGAUUCGCCAGCAUCGUCAAAAACCGGUCAGAGAAUGGUCAAAAAGUCGUUCUUGCAGUGGAAGCCGUAGCAAGGGCGGGUCCCGUGCGGCC